GCCGUUACGAUAGGACAGUUAGACCCCAGAACACACCAUUCAAGAUGCCUCAAGCCCAACCCGAGUUGAAGAAGUACAUGGAAAAGCGGGUAUUCUGCCAACUGAACGGCAACCGCAAAGUCAUUGGUAUCCUGCGAGGCUAUGAUGUGUUCAUGAACAUCGUCCUUGAUGAGGCUUUCGAGGAAAAGCAGGGUGGAGAGAAGGUCGCUAUCGGAAUGAUUGUCAUUCGCGGUAACUCGGUUGUUAUGCUCGAGGCCUUGGAACGUAUCAGCGACAAAUAAAGUGCUGCGGGUGGACGGGGAAAGUCAACAUGUCUUUUUAUACCUUCACUGUGGGAAAUGAUUUAAUUGCAAAGGAGUUCACGGGUUGGUUGCUCACGGAAUGAUCGAUGGCAUCUCGCUUUCAAAAGGAAACAGAAAAGAAAGAAAUCUUCAUUUCAAACAAGUUACGAGAAACACUUUACGCACAGAGAGAUCUGGAAUAUACCAGAUUACGGCAUCCUUGCUUAAGAGGGAGAUGGGUGCAUUGUCCCAACGCAAUGAUCCAUGACAGCUAGUCAGUUAUGGUCUAUCAUUUUUUCUCGGCAAACCAAUGCCCAACCUAUCCCACCGGCAAUAAUCAAAUGGGCCUCUGGAACUAGAUAAUAC